AUGUUCAAAGGCCUUGCUGCAGCGCUCUUGCUUGGGCAAUCCUUUGCUUAUGAUACCAUUCUUGGAUUCAACUCAACUCCGAUAAUCGAAACGCGGUCACUUGAUGAGAUCUAUCACGCUGCCCUAUUGGAAGGGGGAACCGUAACAGUGUGGCACGGGGGCGACGAAAGAACUCAGCAAGACACUCUCAAGGCGGCUUUUGAAAAGCGCUUUCCUGGAAUCACUUUGAACAUUACUGUGGAUUUGUCCAAGUACCUUGACGGCGAGAUUGAUCAACAGCUAUUCAACGGCAACAUUCACGUUGAUAGCAUAAUACUUCAGACCCUACAGGACUUUCCUCGUUGGCAACAGGAGGGAGCCUUGCUCAACUACGCACCUGUCGGAUUAGAGAGUGUAUUUCCAGCAUUCAAGGAUCCUCUAUCGGCGUCAUGGUACGGAUACAGUAUCUUUUUCUGGAGUAUAUCCUGGAACGUUGAAAAGCUACCGCAUGCGGGGAACAUAUCUUCGUACAAAGACCUCUUGAAGCCUGAGUUCAAGGAUCAGCUUAUCCUGACCUAUCCCAAUGAUGACGAUGCCGUUCUGUUUGCCUUCUACCAAAUCAUGGAAGUGCUUGGGACCAAGUGGUUUGAUAACCUUUUAGAACAGAAUCCCCGGUGGGUUCGGGGAACCGCCACCCCUCUUAACGUCCUGAGUGAAGCCAAUUCUCCUCAGUCUGUGACAUUCACGAGCUUUGGUGGAUUGUCACCCGGCCAGAAUAUCAAUAUCAGUUUCCCGAAUGACGCCGAUUUUGUUAGUUGGCCACAAACAGCAGCGAUCCUAAAGCAUGCACCGCAUCCCGAAAGCGCAAAGCUCUUACACAACUAUCUUUUGAGUCCCGAGUAUCAAAGUAAGGUCAGCUGGAGUGUCCGACACGACAUCCGACCUUCAGGCACUAUGUAUCCGGAUAUAAUGCACAUGCCUCAUACGAAUCCAACGGCAUUUGCGAGAUUCAUGGAGGACCGCGUAACGGUAGAACGCUUGAGGUUCUUUUUUGAGAAACGACUGGGCACGGCCCAGGGACUGAGCCCUUUGAUCGAUGAGUUUUGA